AUGGCCUCUCGCAUCGUCUCUCGUCGUUUCCUCUCUACCACUGCUCGCCGUUUCCAGGAGCAUCAGAAGAAUGAGCUCAAGAAGGAGUCCCAGCGCAACCCCGAGAUUCUGAUUCUCGGUGGUGUUAUGGUUGCUGCUCUUGGCGGUGCUGGUUUCUACUUUGGUAUGGAAACCCACAAAGGCCGAUCUCCCACUGGCGCUACCUCCGAGUCUCCCGUCACCAUUGCCAGCCAUCCCUGGGAGAGCGGCAGCUCUGGCAAGUACCAGUACCACCCCGGUGGUGACCCCAGCCAGGCUCCCAAGGACGCUCCCAGCGCCCUCAACGUUGUCGUUGUUCCCAACGUCACCCUUCCUUCCGAGCUUCACGACAAGUACAACAAGUGGGGCAAGGACGGUUACCCUUAA